AUCGUUUCGGCCGCACAUCUCUAUCGUUGUCACCGCCUACACACGGUGUGGCCACACUGCCGUUUAUCGAUAAGGAGGCGUGAAUUGCCGCAGAAAAGUAAAGUUUCCGAAACGAAAACAGCUUAAAAAGCAAGCUCCGCAUCAUUCUGUUCACAUUCCGGCAGCUCCUCAACUCGCGGCCACUCCGCUGCAGGUUAAGUGCCGCGCUGUCCUUCCGGCCGGGUAAGGGGAAUCUGGAAAGUGAAGGCGCAAUGUCAUCGGAGCCCAUGAAUGGCGGGAUUUCCAAAAUGGAAAUGGACGAGUCGCCGGCGAAUCAGGAGCAAAUGGAGAUUGUAAACAUUGCGGGUGACUCCUCGGAGGACGAAGUGGAACGCAGUAGCGGCAGCAGUACCGGUGGCUCACCUGAAAAGUCGUGGCGCGGUGUGCCCAUAGAGGCCAUUCAUCGGGGCCGCCACGUCUUUGAACUAGAGCACCUCGGCCCGGUGACAUCGAGCAACGUGCACCGAGUUUUGUAUCGAAUUCCUGUUAAGGAAUCGCCCCAGCAGCCGCCACGGCCGCAUAAGGCACCUGGCAAGUGGGAUUCGGAGCAUGUGCGCUUGCCCUGUGCGCCAGAGAGUAAAUAUCCGCGGGAGAACGAGGAUGGCACAACGAGCAUAGACUCCCGCUGGGAGAUGAUCGAGCGGGCGCUGCUGCAGCCUAUAGAAUCCGCCGUGGAGCUUCAGGCAGCUAUCCUGUCAUACAACACCACCUAUCGCGACCAGUGGAAUUUCCGAGCCCUGCAUCAGUUGCUGGACGACGAGCUGGACGAGAGCGAGUCGAGGGUCUUUUUCGAAGAUCUAUUGCCUCGUAUCAUUCGGCUGGCGCUGAGGCUACCGGACUUGGUCCAGGCCCCAGUGCCGCUGCUGAAGCAACAUCACAACUCGGCUCUGACUUUGAGCCAACAACAGAUAGCCUGCCUGCUGGCAAAUGCUUUUCUAUGUACCUUUCCGAGGCGGAAUACACUGAAGCGGAAGUCCGAGUACAGCACUUUUCCCGACAUAAACUUUAACAGGCUAUAUCAAUCAACGGGUCCGGCGGUUCUGGAGAAGCUCAAAUGCAUUAUGCACUAUUUCCGUCGCGUCUGUCCAACGGAACGGGAUUCGAGCAAUGUGCCCACCGGGGCUGUCACCUUCGUUCGACGCAGCGCCAAGCCGGAGAACCAAGUUCGAUGGAACGAGAGUGCGGCACCAUUGGGUUCAGUACCCUUGCAUGUGGAUGCCGAGGGGACGAUCGAGGAUGAAGGCCUUGGUCUGCUUCAGGUGGACUUUGCCAACAAAUAUUUGGGUGGCGGUGUUCUGGGUCAUGGAUGCGUCCAGGAGGAAAUACGAUUUGUGAUCUGUCCGGAAUUGUUGGUGGGCAAACUGUUCACGGAAUCCCUGCGACCCUAUGAAGCUUUGGUCAUGUUGGGUGCGGAAAGAUAUAGCAACUACACGGGAUAUGCCAACAGCUUUGAAUGGUCGGGCAAUCACGAAGAUCGUACGCCCAGAGACUCAUCGCGCCGGCGUCAAACAGCCAUUGUGGCUAUCGAUGCCCUCCAUUUUGCCCAGGCCACGCAUCAAUAUCGUGUCGAUCUGAUGGAGAGGGAGCUGAACAAGGCGCACAUUGGAUUUGUCCAUUGGAUGGCCACGCCCCCACCCGGUGUGGCAACCGGCAAUUGGGGAUGCGGUGCAUUCGGUGGCGAUCCAUACCUAAAAUCUCUAUUGCAACUAAUGGUUUGUGCCCAAUUGGGCAGACCCUUGGCCUAUUAUACCUUUGGCAAUGCCCAGUUGCGCGACGAUAUCCAUGCCAUGUGGACGCUCUUCCAGUCGGAGGGUACAACAGUGCAACAGCUGUGGAGGAUUCUCAAGAGCUACAGUGAGCUAAUAAUGGGGAAGGGCCAGGAGUUGCGCAAGAGUAAGCCGACCAAAAAGAAGUUAUACCAAUUUAUAAGGGAGCAGUUGACUAAAAGAAAGAACCCGAGAGGAACUUGCGAUGACGGUGCAGAAUCUCCAUCUGGAGAUUCGGAAGAAACGGCGGAAAUAGAAGCAAGCAAAGUGGCUUCAGGAUCCCAAGAAUCAUCAGAGGCAGGUGUUUCUUCAGGUAUAAAAAAGCCAUUGGAAGCAGAGGGAUCCGUAACAGGAUCACCACCAUUACGCACUAAGAAACAACCACAACAAAGUCCCGAUCUAUUUGCCACUCAAUCCUCCCAAGACAAUUCCAAUUCGUCACCAGAUCCAACGGUUGCUCUACUGUUAUCCGACGAUGAGGAGGCCAAUGCCAUGAUGAUGGCAGCCAGCUUAGAGGCGAAAAACGAAAGCGGGGAUUCAGCCACCAAUAAGAAGAGCACUAAUAACAGCAGCAACGCAGCCAAGAGUAGCAGCAGCAGCAGCUCCAAGCCAGGUGGACGCCAGUUGACGCUGCUGGAAAUGCUAGACACUCAUUACGAACAGGGACAGGCCACCAAGAGACCACGAUCAACGCCCUCCAGCUCCGCCAGCAAAAGUCGCAAGGAGAAUGAAGAGAAUCUUUUGGAUGGCAGCAGCGGCAAAUAAAAAGGGAUUAUAAAUCCCAAUAUAUCUAUUAACUAAGUGAUAUUAGUGUAAUGUAUUUGAUUUCCAAAGCUACAGGGGGAGAGGGGGUAGCUACUCCAUUUUUUUUUUUGAAGAAGGAAGGUUUUGAAAGCCUUAAAGAAAGGAAAUCUAAAUGGUAGAAACGUUGCCAUUCUGUUGACAUAAAAAUUGAAAUUUUCUGUUUUUUUUAAAUUUAAAUUCUAAUUCAUCUUUUUUUUCUUAAUUUAAGCUACCUAGUAAGCAGUGAUAAAUCAAAUAUCUUAAAGUUAAAGAAAACAAAAUCCCUAAAUUUGUUAGUUUUAUUUUGUUAAGGGUUUCUGUUUAGUUAUACCAAAGACUCUCUACGUUCAGGGUUAUUUCUGUUUCUAGAUUUCUUCGGUUUCACAAAUUUGUGCGAGCGAGAGGGCACAAGUUAUGCAUCUUAUAGUUUAUAUUGUUGAUAGUUCAGCGAGUAAUUGUUAAAAAAAAGCCAGCCCAAAUGUGUUUUUUUUAUUUUUUAUAUUAUUUUAGAUUUUAGUAAUGAACUAAUUUGAACAAGAAAGAUUUUACAUACUUUUAUGGCAAAGAAAUCGGGAAAAUAUGCGGUUUGUGACCUAUUUAUAAAUGUUAUUAUUUUUUUAUUUUAUUUGUUUUUUUUUUUAUAUUUUUUUUAUUGUUUUUUCGCCAUAAGAAAUUUUUGAAAAGUGACCCGUAAGCAAAUAUUAUUCAACACUUGCAUUAAAAUACAAUAAUUAUGCUUUAAUUAUCAUAAUUAUUUCUUAUUUCUCUGAAUUCAAUAUAAAGGGACUAUUUACUUUACUAAAAUUUAUUGAAGCUAAGGAAUUAAAUCAAAUUCCUUGAGAGAGAGCGGUUGGUUGGCGUGGCACAUAUACUGUAGAAAUAUUAAUACGCUGUAUUUGAUAUAUUAAAUUUGUAUCCCUUACUUUUAACAUAAAAAGCUGAUGUAUUUAAAUAUUUUGUAUGUACAUAUGUACAUACAUACAUGUUAGAUUUAAUUAGUUAAAAAACUGUUUAAGUGUUAAUAAAGCCCUUUAAAAAAUGAAUAACUUAAGCGAAAGAAUGUGGAGAUUUUUCAAAGAACGUUAAGAAGUAAACCUAAAUUUAACAGAU